AUGUUUCUUGCCGUGGCAGUGGGUCUUUUGGUCUCAUCACCUGACGCCUCCUGGUGGCCUCCGGUCUGUGUACAGACCCAUGGUCUCAACGGUUCCAAUGACAAUGGUCUGCUCCUUCUACGAACCUGCGCAAAACACCGCCUCAUCCUGUCAAUAACCUUCUUCUGUCUGCCAGAGCGAGAUAAGGCCACCUGGAUGCAUCCUCGGUCGCGCCAGUGGCGCCUGCUGGACUAUGUCCUCGUGCGGAGGCAAGACCGGCGGGACGUGCUGGUGACAAAGGCGAUUCCGGGCGCCGACGAGUAAACCGACCAUCGCCUCGUCAUCUCCGAGAUGCGGAUUCGCCUAGAGCCUUGCAGGAGACCUCAAGGUAAGCGAUCCCGAGGUAAGUUGAAUACUGACUUGUUGCCCUUGCAUCCUCACCAGCUCCACUUCAACAAUGAGCUAGCUCAACGGCUAGACAACCUUCCAGUCACUGCCGCCGCCGCCGCCGCCGCCGCCGCCGCCGCCGCCGCCGCCGCCGCCGCCGCCGCCGCCGCCGCUGACGAGAACGCCUCCGUGGCGAACGGAUGGUGUCAAGUGCGGGACACAGUCCAGUCGACGGUCCCGUCUGUCCUCGGUUGCGCAAGUCGGCAACACCAGGACUGGUUCGAUGACAGCGAUGCCGCCAUCAACAACCUGCUCGCCGAGAAGAAUCGACUGCACAAAGCCUACGUCAGUCGUCCCACUAACGACAACAAAGCAGUAUCCUACCGUGGUCGCCACAUUGUGCAACAGCGGCUGCGGGAAAUGCAGGACGCCUGGACGGCUCGCAAUGGCCGAGGAGAUCCAAGGUUACGCAGAUCUCAACGAAUGGAAGAAUUUCUUCUCCGAGAUCAAAGCUGUCUACGGUCCGCCAACCGAAGGCACUGCACCUCUUCUUAG